CUAAAUUGAUGUCAAUAAACAAGUUCUUUCACUUCAUUCUGAAAAUCCUGCAACACGCAAUCCUAACUCUAUUCAUAUUGCUGUACCUAUCAUACACACCAUCAUUAUAGAGCGCAAAUGCUUGUUAUACGAAAAUUCCCGAACACAAGCUCUCUUUCUCUGCCCCCUCAAAUAGUGUGUGUAAUAUGCAUCGCAUGCAGUUUUGUUUUGAUCCCUAUCCGUCGAAACCCUCGUCCGACGACAAAAACCAGGCGGCGUGCUGCCUCAAUCCAGAACGCAAUCCACAGCUCUAGCUAGCUAUCCAUCCACGUUAUCAACCAGCAGCCUCAGCCAUCACAGCGAGAUCGAGAGCGCACGGCGCACGUGAGCAUUCUCUCAUCCACCCAUUCAAGCCACCCACCACCCCCAGCUCACCACCCUCCGCAAGAGACGGUGCGCGCGCGAUGGGUGGUGGUCGUGGGUGGAUGGAAAGCAUAAACACGGCAAUAUUCAUCCAAUUACAAUUAUGUCAAUGGUUAUGGUCCGGGCGGGGGUGGCGCCGAGGACUCCCCGCCAGCACACCGAGAGUGGGUCGAAUCCUUCGUCGGGCUGCACAGCAGUGGAAAACAACCCAAUUUUCGCUCUCUGUUUUGGUUUUUUCAUCCAUAACUGAGCGUGGUCGUCGCCAUCGGCCAUCGUUGUCGCGGAGAGGACUGCCUGUGAUACUCAGAGCAUCAUCGGGACAGAGCUUCGUUCGUCGGUUCGUCCCGACUGGAGAUGUUGUUCGGGAAGCCAGCCUUUAUCGUCGGGACUCUGACCCACGGCGGAGCACACAGCUUUGGCUCAUCAUCAUUUCCAGUUCGGAUUACGAGGUGAAAGGAUGUAUUGGCGUUUUGCUGCUACAGUCAGUUCGCGUAGUUCACAGUCACAGUCCUGGUGGAGCACCAAUAACCCAUAAGUGUGGAAACAGCAGCAGUAGUAGGAGGGCACAUUGCGUCUGAUAGCGCGCGCCGUCUGGCAACUGGGAGUUCGACGGAGAUCUGCAGUCUGUAGAGUGACGUUCCGAGAGUGGGAGAGCGUAAUAAACUAAGUGAUAUUAGUGCGGUGUGAUAGAUGGUCGCUUUUGGUGGAUUGAACCGCUUGAUUGGUAUUAAGUGGAAGAGUGGAAAAUUGGCAUGAAAUUGGAGAUUUCGCAGACGUUCGGUGGAAAUUGAAAGCAAUUCAGUGGCUCCGGCGCAAAUAGUGUGGAUGAAAUAAAGCAAAUAAUAUUGAUUGCCAUUAUCAGAAUUGCAAUAGAUGCUGAAGUGUGUACAGUUAUUUUGGGUCAGUGAUUGAAAACUGUGAAGUUUGUAUAGAACAUAAAAGCUUGUGAUUACAUUUGCUGUUAAGACAAAUUUAGAUAAACUGCUUUUCAACGUACAUUGAUAGUCGAUAGGACCAUUCUCACAUUCAAGUAAAUCAAAACACUGUAAAUAAUACUGACCGCUUUACAAAUAUUCAAUUUUCUUGUUAACGUAAGCCAUAAAAAGAGAAAUAAAAAAACUAAAGCAGAACGUAUCAUUGUGUAUAAAAAAAGGUGAACAGUGCCGCGAAAUUCCACAAUCUCCAUUCAUACUCCGUAAAACGUUAGCGCGACGUCUCCUGCCGGAAUAAUAGAAACCGUUGGUACAUCGCAAGCUUGACGCGUGCACAGAUCUGGAGAGAGCGUUUUCAUUCUCAUACCACACAGUGCUAACAGUAGCAUUCAAACUUCGCACAGAAUAGGAUAAAAAUAUCAAAACAUUUCCCAUACAAUCAAAUAAAAUCACUUUACACACCUCUCUUUAUAAGCGGAGUAAUAACAUCACAUACCGCCGGAUAGCGUGGUUCCUCCUGGCACUGAGUGGCAUCCACAGGCUACGGUGGCAGCUAGGAAGCUCUCGGGAAACACGCCGAUCCGCAUACAUACCGUUAAACCGGCCAAGCGAAACUCUUGCGAAAAGUGAAAUCACCUUCUCUACUGUCACCGCCAUCAUCGGCGUCAUCACCAUCAUCAUCAACAGGAGCAGCAUCAUAGCCGGUUGCUGCCGUCAUUGCUGCAGACGGGUGAACUCUGAACACUUUACGAAGAUUGGGUGGAAAAACGGCGCGCACGCCGGCCGCACAAAACUGCACGACGAGCGACGGGCGUAGGUACUGCCUGCCUGUGUUAUCGUCAGCACCUUUUUUGCCCGCGCCCACGGUUUCCCAGCGCAGCCAGGCAUCAUACGGUGAACCGUCGUCGUGUGGCAAGGAUAUUGCCAUUCGCUCGCUUCGGACAGUGAACAGGAAGAAAAGCAGAGAGUGAGAAGUGAAGUUGUGAACCAGGGAGAAAGAUCAAGCUCCAAAAGAGGCAGAGUGCCAUCGCCGCCGGUAGCCCUCCUCCCGUUCGGUGUGUAACAGAACUCCAUUAAAUUCCGGAGAAAAAAGCAAAAAAAAAAACGAAUCGAAACGAAACGUUCGCAAACCAAGAAGAGAGAAAAACCAACAGCCGUGUGGUGCGGUGCAAGUAGUGAGAGAAGGACUUAACGAGCAGCAACGCGCCGAGUAACAGUUUCAGGAGUGUACCAACCUAGUACCGAUUCAGUGUGCUGCUGCUGUGAGUGUGCUGCAAGGAAAAAAAAUACCGGAGAGAGCGGGAAAACAUAUCUGGCAGAGGCAGCACCGAGAGCUCGUAUAAUCAAUUGGCAAACUGGGCACUCAUGGGACUCCGAAACGCCGCGGGGCUGGUCAUGAGCCUCCUGUGAAAAGCUUAACCUACGGUGACGUCAAGCGUCCGGUGUCAGGAAUGCACAGCACUGAAAAUGUUGCUGUGGAACCGAUCAGUGAUCACCCAGUCAAUGUACAACAGCCAGCAAGGACCCUCAACGCCGCCAGUGUUACAGCAAUGGGACACACGACAGUUACACCGAACGCACCGGCAAUCCAAUCAUCGGUCUCGUCCACCCCGAACCUCAUCGGCAGCACCGGCAUGGCCAAGGACUGCGCAGGCUGCGGGAAGCGCAUCACCGAGCGCUUCCUGCUGAAAGCCCUGGACCUCUUCUGGCACGAGGAUUGCCUCAAGUGCGGCUGCUGUGAUUGCCGGCUCGGUGAAGUCGGCUCUACCCUGUAUACUAAAGCAAACCUAAUACUGUGUAAGCGAGACUAUCUCAGACUGUUCGGCACUACCGGAUACUGUGCCGCGUGCAACAAGGUGAUACCGGCGUUCGAAAUGGUGAUGCGUGCCAAAAACAACGUCUACCAUUUAGAGUGCUUCGCGUGUCAGCAGUGCAAUCACCGGUUUUGCGUCGGUGACCGUUUCUAUUUAUGUGAUAAUAAAAUUUUAUGUGAAUACGACUACGAAGAACGUUUAGUGUUCGCCAGCAUGGCGUGCAAUCCAUCUAGUUUAGCGCAUAUACGGAGGCAACCAGCCGGAGAAAGUCUCAUCGGUAAUGUCGGCAGUGGACGUAUGCCGCCAGCCGUUAAUCGAUCUCCAUACGUAGCAGACAAGCUCGGUCUAACGCAACAACAGCAGCAGCAACAGCAAGGGCCCCAACAACAGCAACAUCCGCCGGUUCCAGCGAAUCAGCAGCAGCAGUCGCAGCACCACCCACAACCUCCCCAGCAGCCACCGCAGCAGCAGACCGCUGGCGGCAGUCACCUGCAGAAUCCUGCCCAGCAGCACCACCCUAGCAAUCUUGGUCCGCAUCGGGACGAUGGUUCUAGCGGCUAUGGGAGUCCCGAUUCGGAGACCUUCGAGACGCCAGCCUCCCAAUGACGCCCGGUGCCCUGAUUCUGCGAGGCCACCUAGUUGAAGCUACGGAUAGCUGGAAACGGUUGAUGCCGAAACGCGUUCUGAGCUACAGGAGUUUUACGCACGAUGCGCUUCUGAAGUUUUGCUUGAUGUUUGGUGGUUAUGUUUAUGGAUAUUAGUUCAACAUUAGAGCAGCUUCGUGGACAAUUAAUUAACGCUUGAUUUUUUCGGCUUAAUAUUUUUAACAAAAAUAUCUGAAGAUGAACAACAUUUUAUAAGCGACCAGAUUUCGCAAUAAAUUAAUAAACGGAAUCACUUCCGCAUCAUCACAACAAGGGAGAACGAAUGCUUUAUAGUCAUUUUGCUUCAAUAACCAAUCGCAACGUAGUCAACUGACCGAUGGGCAAUAGCGGUUGCAGAUAUUUCUGUUUUUCUUAGCUUUUUUUGACGAUCUAACGCACGGGUUCCCAACCGGUGGUCCGCGGCCCCCUGGGGACUGGCUUACCUAAAAAAUGGUGAAUUUUUGUUCUAUUUUGUGCAAAUUACACCAAUUUUUAAUUUUGUAUACUGACGAAUUUCUGUCGAUAUCGAUUUCUGAUGGUAUGUAUUGCUGAUUGAGCUCAGUAUUCGAGAUCCAACCUGCAGUCUCUGUGUACUCUUUGCUAAUUCACUACACGUUUCGCUGGCGUGUAUCACAAAUUUCACGUUGAAAUAGAACAUUUUCAUUUUGAUGCGUUGAAUAACACUAGUUUACAGCAUUUUUGAACUCGGUAAGCUGAUUAUCAUUUUUGAUGUAGAAUCAUGCCCUGAGUUCGAAAACGCGAAGGAAAAAAAUUACAGUAGAGCGGAAAAUUUUUCGACUUUCCAUACAAGGUUGAUGAUUUGAAAUCGAUUUUUGUUCUAUUUUUAAGCAACGUCGCUCACUUCACACACCUCAUUCUCCGUAAUCAAUGCUCCGAUUGAGCUGAAUUUUUUACUGUAACUCGCCUACAUAUGAUGUCAAAUAAACGUCGAGAAAGAAUUUUUAAGUUGGUUUUUUCUUAUUGAAAAAAAUACAUUUCUUCAAAAAAAUUAGGGAAUUUUGCUAAAAUUUAAGAAGAUCGUCCCUAAAACUCGCCAAUAUCUUGAAUUUCAUCAUUCUGACGCAAAACCUGUAUUCAGAUGACCGAAUGGUAUUGUAUUCAGCUUUUAAUUUAUGGAAAUAGAUUUAAAAUUGGUUGAACAAAACGCAAUAUAUUUGAAUUUUAGUAAAUUACAUAUUUUGAAAAGUUGCAAAACUCGAUAUUGAGCUAAAUCUCAAAAACUGUUCUACUUUAAAUUUUUUGAAGGUCGGUUUCGAAAUCAGCACUAAAUUGUGCUUCAAAAAUUUUGGUCGUUGACAGAAGUUCACGACUUUCGUUUUAUUUUGUAAACUUGUGUAAUCAAUCCUUCGCAAUCUGAGCUCCUACAUAUGUAGGUAGAUCUUGGUUCCACCUUCUAUACGCUAUUUGGCUGGCUGCCAAGAUAUUAAAAGUAUUCGACCUUCUCCACUGCUUGCCCAGCAACUGUAGCGUCCGGGGUUGUUCGUGUUAACAUCCAACCAGAGUGUAAAAAAAUCGGAGAUUCAAAAAGAAAAUUAACAUUAUGUUUUUUUUUCAUUCAUUUUUCGCCACAUUCAUUGUCAUCUGAAUGCCUCUCUUUUUACAUUAAAUUCCCUGUCAUGAGUAUUUUCUUGCACAUCGUAAAAUAAUCAAUUACUGUCCUGGUGGGCUUCGUGGCCGUGCGGUUAGCGGCGUCAGUCGUCCAGGCGUUUCGUAAGCCUCGGAAUGCGGGUUCGAUUCCCGCUCCAGUCGAAGAAAACUUUUCGUCAAACGGAAAAUGCAGUGGCCCAAUGACUGGGUGUUAUGUGUGUUGUCCGUUGUCUCGUGUGCAGCCUCUGGCUGAAGACGGUGUAGUAUCUUUUUUUUAAUAAACGCAAAAUUCGACGCAAUGAACAAAUUGAACAGAUGAUUUGUAUUCGAUUUGAUUACUAUUGAGAAUUUUAAAAAUUCCAGUUGAUUUCAUUCAUUGAAAUUGAAAUUUUUAAACUCUGCCUCCAACGAUUUCGUCUUACUGAAUUAGGCUCUCCGUAAAAGAGCGUUCGACAAGGGUGUCGUCCAGCCAUUUGGCCGAAUGCCGUUUGGCCGAAUGUCGUUUGGCCGAGUCAUGGUCAAAAGAAUUCAGAGGUAGUUUGGCAUUAUAACUGUCAAUAUGAUCAUCAGGAAUAUUUCCUUCUUUUAAUCAUAGGCUAUUCUUUCUACACAGCAAAUAAUUUUGUAAUAUCCAGGCGUGUAACUUCUGGCGAUGUAGAGUAGAGUGGGGCAAAAGUUCGAGUGGGGCAAGAGUUUCUUUUGAAGUUUUUGAGCUCAAUUCAAAUUAUUUGUUUCGGGUGUCAAGGUUGUUCGAAGCCUUUUUAAAAAAGAGUCUUUCACUCCAAAAAUUAUGAAAAUUGAUCAAUAUUUCGAAAAGUUAUGACAAAAUGUUGGUUUUUGAACAAAAAAUUGUAAUAGAGUAAGGUGGGGCAAAAGUUCGACCCUAGUUGAAAAUUCAAUUUUUAUCAAGAAUUCUAAGCAGAUAUAAAUAAAUGAAUACCGUGUGGUAAUUCUACCAUCCAUGAGCUAAAAUUUUGCUGAACAAAGUUACGCCAAAUGUCUUUUCAAUUUUGAGUUACAACACUUUUUGUAUGUGUGUGUCUAAUUCGAACUCUUGCCCCACCACUGGGGCAAAAGUUCGAAUCUAGUGUUUGAGCUAUUUCGCUAACCGUAGAACACUAUUUCAACACUUUGGUAAUUGGAAUACCUAAAACCAAUUAAUAUUUGAUGUUGGAACUGGAAUACACUUUAAAGUUAGAUCUGGAUUUUACCCAAAUCAGGGUUAAACUUACUUCACCAAAAAUUAGUAGUUUUCCGCCAAAUGCGAAUAAACCAACAUUUAUUUUCAACUUCGAUCGAAUUUUCUCACUGAUUCCAUAAUUUUUAGAGAUCAUAUGUACAUUUUGCACAAUUUUAGGUUUUUACCUAAAGUUGGCACAUGACUCGAACUUUUGCCCCACAAUUCGAACUUUUGCCCCACUAUGUGUAAAUUAUGAUUUCCAAUUUUUUUUUGCAAAAAGUUAUACAUGCUAAAGCAUCUACAAAAUAUACCUAGCUACGCCCCAAAAUAAAAUAUCGAAUUCGAUUUGAUUACAAUUCCAUUCCAUGCGUUGGAAGGACCAUCGCAUAUUACAAUUUUUUGAUCAAAAACCAACAUUUUGUCAUAACUUUUCGAAAUAUUGACCAAUUUUCAUAAUUUUUGGAGUGAAAGACUCUUUUUCAAAAAGGCUUCGAACAACCUUGACACCCGAAAGAUAUAAUUUGAAAUAAGCUCAAAAACUUCAAAAGAAACUCUUGCCCCACUCGAACUUUUGCCCCACUUUACUCUAUGCGAUUGUCCUUCUAACACAUGGAAUGGAAUUGUAAUGAAAUCGAAUCCAGUCUUUUGUUUUGGGGCGUAACUAGGUAUAUUUUGAAGAUGCUUUAGCAUGUAUAACUUUUAGCAAAAAAGAUUUGGAAGUCACAUUUUACACAUAGUGGGGCAAAAGUUCGAAUUGUGGGGCAAGAGUUCGAGUCAUGUGGCAACUUAGGGUAAAAACCUAAAAUUCUGCAAAAUGUACAUAUUAUCUCUAAAAAUCAUGGAAUUAGUGAGAAAAUCCGAUCAAAUUUGAAAAAAAAGUUGUUUUAUCUAAAUUUGACGAAAAACUACUAAUUUUUUGUGUAGUAAAUUUAACCCUGAUUUGGGUAAAAUCCAGAUCGAUCUUUAAAGUGUACUCCAGUUCCAACAUCAAAUAUUAAUUGAUUUCAGGUAUUCCUAUUACCAAAGUGUCAAAAUAGUGUGCUACGGUUAGCGAAAUUCCACAAACACUUGAUUCGAACUUUUGCCCCAGUGGUGGGGCAAGAGUUCGAAUAAAACGCACACAUACAAAAAGCGUUGUAACUCAAAAUUGAAAAGACUUUUGGGAUGACUUUGUUCAGCAAAAUUUUAGCUCAUGGAUAGUAGAAUCGCCAUACGGUAUUCAUUUAUUUUUAACUGCUUUGAUUUUUUUAAAGUUAUGUUUUCAACUAGGGUCGAACUUUUGCCCCACCUUACUCUAUCCAUUUUUUGAUGUAAUUUCUGCCGAUUACAUCGUUUUCCAACAAUUAUCACACUUACCAUGUACACCCUGGUUGGCAACGGAAAGCGUCGAUAAACCCGUUUCAGCAGAUACCUAGAAGCAGCAUCAUAUAUAUCAUGCUUAUUCCAACUCGGUGAAAUGGCCGAGAGGUAAAGGAUAUGCUUCACAAUCAACGGAUCAAUGUACGAAUCCAUGCCAAUAUUUUACCUAUAAAUAAUUCAUCUAUCGAUUCAGCUCUAUAGCGAUUGCUAGACCCACUUUUAAGCUGCGGCGGCUAAUUUGCUGCGUGGAAAGAAUGUAAUCUGUACAUCACUUUUACGACGCGACUGAACGAAAAUGGUGUGAUAUCACAAGAAUUGUUUUGCUGUGUACUACACAGUGUGUAGUUUUGUCAUUCAGAAAUUAGUUGGCGUUGAAACUGCAACCAUUUUAUCGAAGAUUUUUCCUUCUUUAAAUCAUAGGCUGUUCUUUCGAGCUAUAUUGAUGUGGAGAAAAAUGGCAUGGUCACUUAGGUUCAUCAUUCAUCAUUCGGCCAAACGACAUUCGGCCAAAUGGCAUUCGGCCAAAUGACCCGGAACCUUCGACAAGCACCGUUGGUUGGGCUAACAAGGCAAUAUCCUCGAUCAAAUCGAAGUCGUUUACAUUCCCCAUAGUCAUAGGCUGCCAAAGCAGCCCACGUUGAAAAUCACUCAACAAAUACUCUAGAUCAUUAUCUGUUACCAGAGUUGCGCUCUGUCACUAUCAAUGGUAGGCAAACCGCCGAUUUUGAUAGGCUGACUACGUUAGAGCUAUAUGCUCCGAAGAGGGUCAGGUGCCAGCUGCUCUCGGGGGGAAAAGCAGCUUAGCUUAGCUUAGACUUAGCUUAGACUGACUGCAUACAUCUAUGGUUGCUAUUCCGUGAUUGACCCGAACCAAUGACAGUUGCACAAUAAAUCAACUGAAUAAUUGACUGGGAGUGGUCAAUAUUCUCACUGUGCACGCUUCAGAGACUCUCUUUAAUGGUACAAUAACGGCGCCGGCCACGUCCUUGCAGUCAGGUUGGAAGAGGGAAGGAAUAUUAGUAACAACCUUUGUUAAGUGAAGGCCCGCGUUUACCGCUGCGACUCCACCAAAGGCUGCAGGAAGGAGUGUUUGUUAGCAGGAAAGGUAUCGUUGGAUCUGGAUUCACUUUGAUAAGUAAUAUGACCUUCGUGUCAUGCUGGUUGCCGCGCUAUUGUUUGCUUUACGCGGAAAGCAAACAAUCGACCACCCGCAUCAGGUGGUCGCUUAAUAUUUACUGCAAACGACGCAACAAAAUAUACAAUCUAACACACUAUUAUUCGCUUCACUCGGAAAGCAAACAAUCGAUCAUAUGAGAAGCAAACAACUGAUCACCCACGUCAGGUGAUCGUUCAGUGUUGCUACAAAAAACGCGACACAACGAAAUGCUCAUUUCCGAAUAGGGAAAAAGAAAAAUCGAACGACCGAAGCAAAAGCACGCGACACCGGCACCCGGACGAAAUCCCAUCUUUUUUGUUUGUUUUACGAUACGUUCAUCAUAAACACUUGUUCACCUUCAAAAAAAUUAUCAAAAUAAGUACCAAUCAGAAUUCAAACUCUAAACUAAGCACAAACUUCAGAAGGCGUCGGUACUACAACAGCAAGACCCGCAGAAACAAAAACAAAACACAAAACGAAAAACAGCUUUGUAUACAUAGUCUAGUCAAAAAAAUUAAAGUACUAAUAAUUUAAUUCUCUGAAAUCAAAUAUAAAAAAACGAAAAAAAUGUUUUAUAUAUCUUAUAGAACUUAAGUAAGUUGUUGAUUUUUUUAAUUCUCGCACUGUACAUAUUACCACCACAAACAAAAGAGAAUCACACUUAGCAAGCUAUUGAAAUCAAUAGCGAAACAAGAAGAAAUUUAUAACCAGAACUAAGCAUAAUAUGUAUACCGACACAAAAUUGAGUUCUUCUUGAUUUAGAACGAAGACACAGAAACGAAUUGAUGUAACUAAUUAAUAAGAAAACCCAAAACAAACUUUAAGAGAUAGAACGAUCGGUCAGUAAAGAAAGCUCCCAUUUUGAAAACAUAUCUCUACGUUCUACUAGGUAUUCACACAGGUGACGAGCCCAACAACAGUGUUCCUGAGAUACUCACAAGCGCUGAGGCUGUAAAAAGAUGCAUACAUUUCCCCAUAUGCGAACCGUGAGAGCCAUAUGUUGUAUACAGUUAAUUCAAAUAGGUUUUACUUGUUUUAAUAAUUGUUACUCACUGUACACGCUGAAUUUUUGAGCACCCCAAUGAUGCUUGAGAGGGUGGUAAAGUGUUCGAUCUCAAGUCGGAAUCAUUUGUUGAUUAUGUACUAUUUGAGCCAGAAGUUUUGGCCUCGCAAAAGCUAUCUUUUCAUAACAGUAUGAUUUUAGCAACGCUAGUCACGGUAAACGUUAAAUGUCGUCAAAGUUUAAAUUCAAUCGAGAAAAGCUUAUUGAAAUUACUAAAAAAAGAAUAGAUCUCAUGGAGCAAAUACUAUGCUGUAAAUAUGGUCAGUACCACUGAAGAAGCUGGGGCAAAAUAAAAGAAAAUAUAAUUAACUAU